AUGAAUGCAAUCCACCCCCAAGACCUGCCCGAUCACGCGCUCGCUGCCGUCAUCAGCGGGUUUGGCCUCUCUUACUUCUUAUUUUAUACGCUUCAGUUUCUUUUGUUCCACUUUCCUUCGGUCCAAGAGGAUAUUCCGAUUGGCCUCGUCGUGAUCACGUUCAGUGUGGGCGUCAUGCUUUGGUACCUGGGUAUCUUCCUCCAUCAGAUUUUUCGCGCCUCUGACGGAGGUUCCACUGCGAACCAGCUGAAGUUGCAGGCUGGAGCUCUAUUCUUGACUUGUACAACGGUAGUCCCGGCCAUUGUCUUCCUUUUCCCGAAUCAGCCGUGGCUACAACUCGGAUAUACAUCGGCUUUGGUGGUCAUCGCCAUUGGAAGCCUACCGCAAAAGCUCCUAAGUGAUGUGAACAACCAAAAAUGCCCAGAUACAUCUCUUGUUCAAUUGGCAUCGGUAAUCAUGUUGUCUUUGACGCCGAUUAUUCAUGGCCUGGCUGAGCCAGUGACUGGCGCUUUGCCAUUGGCAACUGCUUUUGGUCAGAUGGUCAUCAUCGGUUCAUUGUCUUUCGUGCUGUACUUUCUUCAACCACUGGAACGCAUUGGCCUUGCCAAACUCUGGAAAUUCAGUCUCCACGGGAUGCACAUGAUGUUGACGUACAGCCUCGUGGCAUAUUCGAAGGCAGUGUUGCAGGCCGCAGUUGCUCGCAUGUCGUGA